AUGUCAACCUGUCGACGGAAGAAUCGACCACCUGUACUUUCGGUGCUGUCGGGCAGUUGGAGCUCGCCAAUAUAUAUACUAUCGAGGCUUUGCAGCCAGUUGUCAGCCAGCCACCUCGCAAAGGUCAACACCUUCUUCCAGCAGCACGUUCUUCCAGCAGCACGUUCAGAUCAGAUCAUCUUGUCACGACCAAUGUCUUUGUAUCUGCAUGUUCACAUCGACACGAACAUGCCGACUCGUUCAGACGGACACGUUUUCUCUUAG